AUUGACCUCGCAUUCUAUGGUCUUUGUACCCUUUUCUGUAACCACCACUAGUAAUAUAUUUUGGUGCAUUUGUUUGGGAAAGAGUAAAUGAACAAACCAUUUUAAAGCUUCCAUGUGGUGCUAUGCGUGUGUGCUCUGAUGGGAAUUCAAGAAAAAAGAACAAAACUCUAAAAAAAUCCGUCCGUUUGAGAUGUUUUACAAGAUUUAUCAGAACCUCUGAAAGUAGACUGCUGCUGAGUACCAGUCAUGAUGAGGGCUCGAGCCUACUUAAAGCCCGGCUCCAUCUUCCUGUUCUUGAUUGUGUGUUUCUCAGUCUUCCUGCUGUAUAGAAUGUAUGACACAGAGGUUAAGGUUAGAACUGCCAUCAUGCCAAUGGUUUCUACCAACCGUCCCAAGAGUAAAAGCCUCUGUAUGUUCCAGCCACUAUCCCCAGAGGAGGCUAAGGAGGUAGACACCCUACUGGACGAAAUUGCUUGGCCUGAAACGCAUCCAUUACCAUCUUCUUUUUCCCUGAAUGACACCAGCGAUCCUGCUCACAGCACUGUUACCAUCCUCCCACGAAAGGGAGGGGGGCAGUGGCAUGUCGGGGAUGAGAUGGAGGUCAGGGUUGACGUUCGUGACUUCAAUGGUCGCGCCAAGAAAUCUGGGGGGGAUUUUUUGCUUGCCCGGAUGCACAGCCCUUACCGUAGAGCAGGUGUGGCGGGACGAGUGCUGGAUCUCGGAAAUGGCAGCUACUCUGCUGUAUUCUCUUUACUCUGGGAAGGAAGCGCGUUUGUUGAGGUGACUCUGGUUCACUCCAGUGAGGCAGUGGCAGUGCUGCAAAAACUGACUGAGGAGCAGCCUGACAGAAUUUAUUUCUUUAGCAUCUUUGAGUCCGACCUGGCCCGUGAAACCACCAUCUGUAACGUAUGCCUUGACGCAACCGAGCAUCAGCUGUGCAACUACACCGACCUCCACACAGGUGAUCUCUGGUUCUGCCACAAACCAAGGGAAUUAGACUGUGAUGCCAGGGUUACCCACAAUAUUGGAGGAUUUGAACAAAAUCUCAGUCCCGAUGAGGAGAAGCUCUUUCAAAGGCAAGCAUUACCAAAUGAUGUCAACAUGAAAGUCCUUCUGGACUCCGGACCUGCAAACAUUGAGGUGCUGUCAAAACCUAAAGUUCAGUCAAAGAGGAUCGGUAGAAUCAUGAAGACCGGACCCUCUGGUUUUUACCACCAAGGGUUAUGGCAAGCUUUGGAUGACACCACAGUUCACCACUUCUACAACUCCUCAGCUAUCAGCCGUUGUCUGAAAGGCAAGGCCGUUCACUUUUAUGGGGACUCCACAAUCAGACAGUGGUUCAGAUACAUUGUUGAAGAAUUGCCCGAUCUCAACGAAUUUAACCUGCACAGCCGGAGGCAAAAUGGACCUUUCAUUGCCUUGGACUAUGCUAAUAACAUCUUACUAACAUACCGGUGCCACGGUCCUCCAAUACGUUUCGCCACAGUCCCAGUCAGUCAGUUGCGUUACAUCGCCAAUGAACUGGACGGUCUGGUUGGAGGCACUAACACCGUGGUUGUUAUUGGCAUCUGGUCGCACUUCAGCACGUUCCCUAUCGAGGUCUACAUCCGGCGGUUGCAGGGCAUCCGCAGGGCGGUGGCGCGCCUGCUGACCAGGGCUCCAGACACACGGGUCGUCAUCCGCACCGCAAACCCCAAAGAGCUGACGCUCUACGAGGCGCUGACCAACAGCGACUGGUACUCAGCACAACGAGACAAGGUGCUCAGGGCCAUGUUCCGAGGAAUGGACGUUCGUCUCGUAGAUGCAUGGGAGAUGAUCUUGGCCCACCAACUGCCACACAGCCUACAUCCCAAACCCCCGAUUAUAAAGAACAUGAUGAAUGUUCUUCUGUCCCACAUUUGUCCUUUGGUCUUACGGCUAGACUUUAUUCCAAUGAACGAACACUUGAUGCAGCGUCAAGCAACGUUUCAGGAAGAUCAAGGCAACUCAUUAACUGGCACAAAAUGAGAAACAGCUCCAUGUUUCACAUAUCUCACAAUGAUGAAGCAGAAAUAAGUUGCCGAUGUGAUGACCCUUCACUCAGGGUUUGUUGUCUCAGCUAACCCAGGUAUAUUUUUUAAAAAGUGUUUUUUUUUUUUUUUAAACUGUUUUUGAAAGAUGUCUCUGGCAAUUUAAAACAUUUUAUGACCGAAAAACCAAAACUGCCAGUUAAUUCACUUUUCAAAAAUUGCAGCUCUGGUAGAAAACUUGCAAGAUAUGAGAAAGAUUGUUUCUGAAAUAACUAUGAAGAUAUCAUUUUUAAUUUGUGGGAUGACAUGGUGGAACAGUUGGGUACACAUGGACAGCCGCCACUCAGAAAUAGAUUACACACACAACUAUUUACACUCACUCAAGGCUUUUUGGUAAUUUUUAGGAAUGUUUCAAUGUCAAGCGAUCAAAAAUGCGUUUGACAAGAUGGACUGUUUCAUUGUUAUUUAAGAUGACGUGAUUCUUUGAGACUUUGUGAAUGUGUAUGAACUAAAACAUUGUUAGUACCUAUGCUUUGGAUCCAUUCUUUAAAAACAUGAUACAACACACUGGCUAUUUUAAAGUACCUCAACAAACUGGACCAACCUCUGUUUCCCAUAAUACUGAUUUUUUGUCCGAAGGUAGUCAAGGCUGAAGUUUUUUGAGCAGUAAUGGAAUUAAUAAUAAUCAACUGUAAAGCAUUUUUCUGUUAGACAAAACUAUCAAAACUGGUCUUGAGUGAGUAAUGUGAAAGUUACCAUAGAGCAUAUCAGUCUCUAGAGAUCUGGACAGGGCCCCCAUAAAAGACACUACCCAGAUUGUCAAUGAUUGAAUGAAUGACUAACAUAAAAGCAGCAUUAGAAUAUGAUACCUGCACUCUCCACACAAAUUUCUGCAUCUGAAUGUUUAGGAAACAUCUAAAACAUCAGUGUAUGAUUAAACUUGAAAUGUAACUGUUUGGUCGGAAGAACUAAAAGACUGGAGGAAAGUGGGGUUACAGUUAAGAUAAAUAGUCUUGAAUUAGUUGGGUUGUUUUAAUAUUUUAUUCUCAAUUUGAUCUCUGACACAAAAACACAAAUGCCACACAAAGCUGUUUAUGAUUGGAUAGUAAAUACGGCCCAAGAAAUCACAUUUUCAUAUCAGGGAGACGAGAAUAAACUGAGUUUACCACAAAUCUGUAACUGGCCAAAAUUAAGUAAAGCCUCAAAUCCAAAUUGUUAAAUCCUCUUCCCUGAAAUACACAUCAAGGACAACUAAGGGUUGUCCUGGCUACCAUAUGUAAUAUUUAAUCAUCGAAAUUUUGAUUUAAAUUUUGAAAGCAAACAUCUUUUGUCCUCUCAGACCCAAUACC